AUGGCAAGCAUGAUGCUGCCGAGGGUUUAUCCUCGGAAACAGGUGUUCCUUGCUUCAGGUGCAGAACGCACGCCGCCUGUUUUCGUGAGCCGCGGCCGAGUGCUUCAAGUCAAGAGAUUGUCACCCGUGCCUCCGGUCCCAGCGAGGUACAACUACAACGUUCAUGCAGCCAUGCAGCCCACUUUGGUCCCAGUGCAAAGCCACUAUCCAACUCUUUUGGCCGGACCUUCAGCGAGAUUGGUCCGCUAUCCCAACUGUUCGGUGCGGAAGCCGCUCAAGAAUGAAGCCUUGGCCCCCAAGGCCAGCAUCAGCAAGGUGCCAAUGUCCUGGAAGGCUCACGGCACAAACGGACAGGGGCAUGACGAUCAAGUCGAUGACAAACCCGAGAAAUUCGAGUCUUGCAACAACAGCGCUGCAGACUCGCCUCUUACGCCGACAACGAGAGCUGCGUCGAGCCCACAACGGGAUGAUGAGGAAGGACAUGCUGAUCUUGAGCACAGUGUGGAGGAGCUCUCCAUUGACGAUGUGUUGAAGCGAUCACAUGCUGAUGUCAACCUUCUUGCGCAGGCAUUGAAGAUACGGGCGGCUACCCAAGCUGCUCGCGAGCGCUUGGGGGCCCCUAUUGUCCCACCGGCAUUCCUUGAGAAGGAGGAGGAGGACGAAAGGAGGCACAGGGAAGCCUGCCAGUACCUCGAGGAGGAGAGACGUCGCAGCUGCUGCCCGCUGUUCUGUGCACUACGGCAGCAAGCGCGGCUCCUCUACGCCGUCUGCUUCUUGCCACGGCAGAUUGAGUUUGUGGUGUAA